AUAAACAUCUUCCCAUUUUUCAAAACUGAACCUUUUUCGAAUUUACCUUCAUUUUCCGCUACUCUGGCUAAUCCGAGGUGGGUCAGUCGGGUGGGCUUCCCGGCCACCAGUCCAGCAGAAACCGUCGUCAACGGCGGAGGAAGAGAUCAUGACGACGAAGAAGACGAGCAGAAAGAAGGCAUGGUGGUGGUUGGCAACCGCCGAUCGAGAGGGCGGCCUCUGGGAUCCAAAAACAAACAGAAAUCCCCAAUUAUCGUCACGCGCGACAGUCCUCACGCUCUUAGCAUGCACGUGAUCGAGAUCGCCGGAGGAGCCGACGUCGCCGACAGCAUAAACCAAUUUUCUCGCCGCCGGCAGCGUGGGGUUUGUGUUCUCAGCGGCAGGGGAAUGGUGGACGACGUCACUCUCCGGCUAUCCGCUGCUGUGAUUCCACUUCAUGGCCGGUUCGAUAUGCUGUCUUUGACCGGUUCUUUUCUUCCCGGUCGAGCCCCUCCCGGUUCGAGCGGGCUGACCGUAAACCUCGCUGGCGGGCAGGGGCAGGUUGUCAGAGGGACAGUCGUGGGCCCGCUGUUGGCGGCUGGGCCUGUAGUGUUGAUUGCUGCUUCUUUUGCUAUUGUAACAUAUGAGAGAUUGCCUUUAGAGAACGAUCAUAAAGAAGAUGAGGUUUAUCCAGCCACCGCAGGUAGCGGAGAAGUGGAGGCGCCGCCGUCGCUGCCGUAUCCACCUUGUAAAUUGAUCAGACUACUUAGAAUCUCAUCCUUCUAUUCACAUUCUAUUCACAUGCAUUUUAAAAAAAUUCAAUUUUUAAUUCUUUUAAGCAUUUCUUAACCAUCAUAUCUUUAGGAUU